AUGGCAAUUGUAUAUGAGCAGCACUACAAGACUGUUGGUCCUUUUUCAGGCACAGCUUACAUUACUGUUCUCCUGGAUAGGACAGAUGACAGAUCUCUGAGACACAGACCUCUUUUUCUUUUGAAGGCUUUGAUGAAGGAUUUAGCUAAUGUAGAGGCUUAUGUUCUAGUUGGAGCCUGUGUAUUAGCUGUCAAUCUUCUUACAGUGGUCCAUGAAGCUUUGGAGAGGACAGCUAUUCCUUUGCAAUCAAAUUUGAUUGCAGCUACGGAUUUUAUGGAGCCACUCAAGGAAUGGAUGUAUAUUGACAAAGAAGGUGCUGAAAUUGGACCUAGUUCCUGUCCUUACCCCACCUCAGAUGAUGCUGGAGAAAUUGUUACUCCAACUCCUGGAGUAAAACGAAUCUUGUCAAGUCCAUGUUGCCUUCCUCACAUUGCACAGGCCAUUCUCUCUGGGGAACCAAGUAUUGUUGAGGCAGCUGCUGCAUUGUUGAAGGCUAUUGUUACCAGGAAUCCCAAGGCCAUGAUACGUCUAUACAGCACCAGUGCAUUUUAUUUUGCACUGGCCUAUCCAGGAUCUAAUCUACUUUCAAUUGGGCAACUCUUUACCGUCACCCUUGUCCACCAAGGAUUUCAUGGUGGCGAAGAGGCUGCGGUUUCAGCUUCAUUGCCUUUGGCAAAACGUAGUGUUCUUGGUGGACUUCUUCCUGAAUCUUUGUUGUAUGUAUUGAAGCGCAGUGGUCCAGCAGCAUUUGCUGCUGCAAUGGUAUCAGAUUCUGACACUCCUGAGAUAAUAUGGACUCAUAAAAUGAGGGCAGAAAAUUUAAUACGUCAGGUAUUGCAAAUUAAGGUUUUGCAACACCUUGGUGAUUUUCCACAGAAAUUGUCACAGUAUUGCCAUGUUUUGUAUGACUAUGCCCCAAUGCCUCCAGUUACAUACCCUGAACUUAGAGAUGAAAUGUGGUGUCAUCAUUAUUACUAGAGGAAUCUCUGUGAUGAAAUCCGCUUUCCAAAUUGGCCUAUUGUUGAGCAGCUUGCAAGAUCCUUGAAAUAUCCUUGGAUGAUGUAUCCAGUGAUGAUGUAAAUAAAAAGCACUAUUCGGAGGUAUCAGAUGAAACAUCUAGCUAUUCAAAGCAAAUUGAAAAUAUCGACGAGGAAAAGUUAAAGCGACGAUAUCAAAAACUUGCUAUGAAAUAUCAUCCUGUCAAAAACCCUGAAGGAAGGGAGAAGUUUCUUGCUAUACAGAAGGCUUAUGAACGCCUCCAGGCUACCAUGCAAGGAUUGCAAGGUCCUCAGCCUUGGAGAUUGCUUCUUUUGCUGAAGGGGACAAUGCAUUUUAUACAGAAGAUAUAGAGACAUAUUGGAGCUAUUCAAAUAUGCUGGCUAUCCCAUGUUGUUAAGUGCUGUUACUGUGGACAAGGAUGAUAAGAAUUUUCUUUCUUUCAGAUGGAGCACCUCUCCUUGUUGCAGCAUCAGAGCUUGUUUGCCUGGCGUAAAAUUCCAUUCUAGCUCAUGCUGCUCGUUGACUUUUAUUGUGGCCAGAUGUGCAUCUUCAUUGAAUGGAGAAGAGCUGGUGAGAGAUGGAGGAGUGCAACUUCUUGCAACUCUUCUUUCCCGUUGCAUGUAUGUUGUUCAACCAUCUACUCCUGGAAAUGAACCACAAACAUCAUGCGAACAUUUUCAGUUCUUAGUCAAUUUGAGGCUGCCGGAUCUGAAAUACUCGAGUUUUCUGGGCUAGUUCCAGACAUUGUGCACGGCACUGAGUUUGAGCUUCUACCAGGAGCUGUUGAUGCUGCUCUACAGUCUAUUGCCAAUGUUUCUGUUUCAUCUGAGUUGCAGGAUGCUUUAUUGAGGGCUGG